CCCCUCUUAAAUCUUCAGAGACGCCGGCCUUCUUCGUUUUCUUGCUCAUCGUUACCUCGCAUCUGUCUCGCUCAUGUCCCUCAGAUCUGCCCCGCGAAAGCCGUCGUUCGAUCUCCUCGACGGAGAGAGCUCCGGCGACGGUGGAAGUCUUUUCGAACGCUCGAUCUUUAACCUAGCAGAAGAGAAUGAGUUCAUCAAUGGCCGCUCAAGCCGCCGGAAACGCAAAUCAAAGGCUGCGAAGAAGAAAAAAGCCGCCGGGGAGGGCUCGAUGGAGCUUGACGAUCGAUUUCUUUUAUCGGAGAAUAACGCGCGGGAUGAGAUUGGGAUGAAUUUUUCAGUCUGUGAGAACCGGUCGGUGGUGGAAUCUGCUUGCGAGAGCAACGUGGUGGAGACGGACGCCGAGAGCGGUAGAGUGAGUUGUGUUUCCUAUGUGGAGUUGAGGCAGAGGUAUGUGAACAGUGUUGCUUCUGAGGGUAAUGGAGUCGAUGAUGCAAGCAGCUAUAACGAGACCUCGACGGCGGGGAAGUGGAAGCCUGAGUCUAUUGGUGGGGCCAACAAGUUGGAAAGCAUGGAGUCGUUGGAUUGGAAAAAAGUUAUGGCAGAGAAUCCUGAUCUUCUUGGAGAAGUUUCAACUGUAGAGAUUGCGCCUAUGAAAUAUUUUAUUGGAGAAAUAUAUGGUGGAAAUUCUCUUAGAAGCACAAUCUCUGUUGGUAAUGAGAAGCAACGGCAAAGGGUCUAUAAUACUAUGUUUCAUGUCCCAUUUAGGUGUGAAAGGCUUAUUAUGGCAGGCUUCUUUUUCUGUGUAGAUUCAUUUUUAUCACUGCUAACCAUAAUGCCAGCAAGAAUCCUUUUAGUUAUCUGGAGGUUGCUGAGGACCAGACAGUUUCAGAGGCCGAAUGCUGCAGAGUUGUCUGAUUUUGGUUGUUUUAUGGUGUUGGUUCUUGGAGUCGCAACUUUACAGAGGACAGAUAUCAGCUUAAUAUACCACAUGAUACGAGGGCAGGGAACUGUCAAGCUCUAUGUGGUUUAUAACGUCUUAGAAAUUUUUGAUAAGCUUUGUCAGUCCCUUGGUGAAGAUGUUUUGCAAGUUCUGUUUAGCUCAGCAGAGGGUCUUUCAAAUUGUUCUGCAGAAAAUUUCAAGCUUGAAAUUAGCAAAUUUGCUUUUGACAUGGCCAUUGCUAUCGUUGCAUUUAUUCUUCAUUCAUUUAUCUUAUUAGCGCAGGCAGUUACCCUUUCAACUUGCAUUAUUGCCCACAAUAAUGCUUUGCUUGCUUUAUUAGUGUCAAAUAACUUCACUGAAAUAAAGAGCAAUGUAUUCAAACGUGUUAGCAAAGACAACCUACAUAAUGUUGUGUAUUCAGAUAUAAUAGAAAGAUUCCACAUUACAGCCUUUGUGUUAUUUGUACUUGCUCAAAAUAUCUUGGAGGCAGAGGGUUCCUGGUUUGAGAGCUUUCUUACGAAUGCUUUCAUGGUUUACAUGUGUGAAGUACUAAUUGAUUCAAUCAAGCAUUCUUUCCUUGCAAAAUUCAACGAUAUAAAACCAGAUGCAUACUCGGAAUUCCUAGAAGAUCUCUGCAGACAGACCCUAAAUGAGAAGGCCGAGGAUCGUCCGAAAGUCCUUCCUUUCAUUCCCAUUGCUCCAGCUUGUGUGGUCAUCAGAGUCUUAACUCCAAUCUAUGCAACUCUUCUUCCCUACGGCCCUUUCUUGUGGAGAUUAUUUUGGAUAAUUAUCUGGUCAACCCUCACAUAUGUCAUGCUUGCCAUAAGCAAAAUAACGAUAGGUCUCGCCCUUCGCCGACUCGCUAACUCCUACUUGAAUUUGCGGCGGGAGAGAAAGCAGCACGUGGAUUGAUUAUUUCUCACUCUUGGUAAGAUUGUUCUUAAUAUUUUGGAGAUCAUGAUGCAAAUUUUCCAUUUGGUCUCGAUUCAUUUGAGAGGAUGGAUGGCUUAGUUUGCAGUUUCAGUUCUUACAUUUCUAUUCAAUUUUUUUUAGAGCAAUGUUUUACUUUAAAAUUUUCAACAUCAGAUCUGAU